AUGAAGAUUAAAAAGACGACCUCCAAGAAGCUUGCUCCAUUGCCACAACCGCUGCGUGACAUUAUCCAUAAGCUUCAGCAUGAUGCCGAGGAGACCAUUCCUGAGCUUGCUAAGCAGUUGAACGAGUGGCCUUAUCGUCGAGGCGACAUGUUCCACUGGGUGCCUGUUCUCGAUCGUUUCGACGCCAUUUUGGAACGUAUAUGCAACGACUUUCAUCUCCAGCAACAUGUCCAAUCUCGAGAGUUCGACAGCAACACCAAAGCUCUAUUGCUCGCCAUCACUAGUAUUCUCAAGGUCUUGUUUGAGCACUGCACCAACAGGAACAUUUAUAAUUCAUUUGAGCAUAUCAACGCUCUGCUGAAUACGAUGGAUGUCGAUGUGCUUGAGAAUAUCAUGCAGUUCAUGCUCAAACCAGCUCAACGCUUGAAUCAGCCUAGCGGCAUGGCAUCAUCAUUUGCACCAUCCCAGGACAAAAUCAUCGAAAUGGCUCGUAGUUGGGGAUUUCCUACAUCCAAUCUCGUUCAUCUCAUCAGCAAAGAUUUCAUUGUCACCAAGGAUAUGACCACUUUACAUAUGCGCUUUUAUCGUUCAGGCAACAAUAAGGAGCAACAACAACAAUCGGAUGAAGGAGUGAUUGAUUUCACUGUCAAUGUGGCACCCGACGACAAUGACAAAAGCGAUAUCCAAGUAUUCCAAGAGCUCUCCAAGCAAUAUGAUAUACCCAACGAAUACCACUUUGAAUUGGCACACCAAAUCCAAGUCAAAAGAAACCUUGCGAAUGCCACAUCAAGGACAAAAUUGCUCAAAAUCAGAAUAUUGGCAAUCGCCAUUAUGGAGCUUACAGUCUCGGAGAGCACAGCAUCAAAUCAAAUAUUCAUGCAAGAGCCGCAUCUGAUUGCAGGAUUGGGAGAGCUGGUCCAUCCCGAGAACAACAUAGAUUAUGAUUUACAAGUGUGUUCAUUGCGCUCUCUUGCUGCUAUUGCCGAGAAUCGCCGUACCGUCAACGAUGUUCUUACUGCCGUUGAUGCCUCAGCAAAUCAUGGACUCUUUUUACGAAUCUUACGUAUGAUUGGCAAUGGGAUCAUUAGCGAUUAUCCAUGGCAGUAUUUGGAUGCAUUAUUUAUGACUCUCUCCUCCAUCUUGAACAGCCAUUCUGGAAUGGAAAUGCUAGUAUCAGCUGGUCUUGUACCUGUUUUGACACAAUUGCUUGGAAACUCACAAGCGGUUACCAACAAGUCGCAGUCAAAGAUCAUUGCUGUGCUGGAUGGAAUCAUGCAUGGGUCUUCAUCGUCAUUUACAACCUUUUGCAACAUUGGAGGAUUGGAUACCCUUCUUGGGCGGAUUAAGGAUGAGGUCCUCGAAUGCUUGGAAUACAACAAGAAUCAUCCAUCCACCAAUCCAGAAUUGCUAGAGCCUGAUGUUUUUGAGCUUCAAAAGACCACUGGAAUACUAGAGCUAUAUGACCGGAUAUCGGCAUUACGAGCAAUGUUGCGAUUUUUGUGGCGUAUGAUGGAUUCUUCUGGGACAACGGAUCGAUUACGGAAUUUGGUUGAAUCCUCUAUAUUGAGUUCGCUUGUAUCUGUUAUAUCAGAGCCUUAUGUGUUUGGAUCCCAUUGCUUCGUAUCAGCGAUCAAUAUCAUGACUACAAUUAUCCACAGCGAGCCUACAUCCCUCACCAUCCUUCAAGAAGCCAAGUUGCCACAAACCUUUUUGGACACCAUAUGCAAAUACGACAAUCCCAGUAAUGAUGUCUUGAUGCCAGCUGUCAAUGCAUUCGGUGCUAUAUGCUUGAAUCCUCAAGGAAUCAACAUGUUCAAGGAAGCCAAUCCUUUACCCCAUUUUUUCGACUUGAUUUGCGACCGCGAGUAUCCUUUCAAUGCCGAAGAACCGGAUAUCAUGACAGGACUUGGCAACGCUUUUGAUGAACUUGUUCGACACCAUCCAUCAUUGAAAGCCGACGUUAUCACAUGUAUCACGACCAUGGUGAAAAAAGUCAUUGAUUUCGGCCAAUCCCAGCAGGACGACAAUAUCAGAUCAAAGAAUGAGGGUCAUUUGUUGAAGACAUUACCAAAGGCACACGAUGAGACAACAACAAUUGAGGAUGCCAAGGAAGAGAAAUCAGAGAAUCGGCUAGUGCUGUUCAUUGAUAGGACAGCAAGGUUCCUUGAAGGUUUCCUCCAGAAUCAUUCCAAUAUCAGGGCCGCUAUCAAGGAAGGAUUGCCUGAUUUGCUCCUCGAUUUUUACGCCUUGCCAACCCUGCCUGCAGACUUUUCUACCACAUCAGCAUCGGAUUGCUUGGCAUUUGUUAUGAAGGUGAUCAACGACGUCAACAUGUCCAGCACCAUCCUUGAGAUAGCCAAGAGAGUGAGGAAUGCCAGCCAAUUCAUCACGGAAGAUACAACGGUUCAUACAAGUAGUAUCCUUAAACCACUUUUGGACUUAUCACGUGAUGAUACCGAUCAAUUUGAAGCUGGCAACGCUCUCUUCCGCAAAUUUAUCGUUCUCCAUGGCUACAUUGGACUUCUUUCCGACAUAUCAUAUUCAGCGGGACUGAGCCUAGGAAGAUCCUCUUCGUCGUUUGUUGCAGAACUUUUAUCUGGGGAGGAUGAAAAUAGUAAUACAAUUGAGCUUGUUGGAACCAUAUACAGGUUCAUUAUGUGGGAAAACUUCUUGCUCAAAGAAUCGGUGCCUAGCUAUUGGUACAACUUCAGCCAGGAGAAGAGGAAUGAAAAGCCAGCGUUGUCUUCCCACCUCGCACUUGGGAAUAAUGGCAGCAACCAUGCAUCCAGCUCAUGUGGCGCACACAAUGAUGAGAAUAGCAAAACCAGUGACAGCCACCAUGGUGAUCUAUCAGGGAAGGAGAACAUUGAUGCGAAGGAUCCAAGGAUACAAAAUCUCCGCCUAUUCAAGUUAUUCUUGGGAGAAACGACACAUUCCAUCAUGGUAUUGCUCCAAAGCUUGAUUACAAUGGCUUGUAGCAGGCGCACAAUGGAUGCUGAUCAAAGAGCUAUCUCAUUUAAGCUAUCGAGAAGCAUAGCCGAGCUGCUAAAGAGGAAUGUUUUAUGGAUGCGGGAUUCUGGAAACAAAAAGCUACCCAUGUGCAAGCAUAAUUAUCGAACGGUGAUGUACAGCAUGAUCUCGUUACUGUUCCUUGAAGAUCGGCCCCAGGCGUCACUUUAUACCCCUGCUGUGGUGGCAUUCGAUUGGCAAGGUGGCACUGAUAUGCUCCUCCAUGACCUUGAUUCAUUAUGGCAAAAGAUCUCACUUUUACAUAUGGUGCCAUCCGCUGAGCGUACAAAAGAGCAGCAAACACUUAUCACUCAUAUGUAUGGAUCGUUGGAAGCAUUAUUGACAGCACUCGCAUGCGUUGGAUCAUCCAAGUUAUUACGUGAUUCACCCUACACUGCCCCUAUUGUCAAGCGAGGAAACAAGACAUCUGAUGCCUUUGAUCCAUAUGCAUGGAUUAUCGCUAUGCAACUCAAGUUGACGCCCAUUCAACAAUAUCUACACAGCCCUGAUGCAAAAGAGUUCCCCAAACACGUGCUUCAAGUGUUACUCAAGAUUGUAUUGCAUGCAUUCAAAGGUGAUGGGGAGUCCAAUUUCAGCAACGAGACAGCUACAACAACGACAGCGGCUUCCACUUUUCGAAUUCCACCGUUCCAGCACCAGCGUAGUAAUCGAGUACCCAAUCCGACCAUUCUUCGGCCACCUGUUGUGGCGGAUCAAAACGGUGUCCAACGACUUGUAGAUAUGGGCUUUGAUCGUACUGCUUCAGAACUUGCCAUGGUGCGAUGCUAUAACCAAAUAUCACGUGCUGUUGACUAUUUGUUUACAUAUCCUGGUGAAACGCCUACCGAUACCAAUGCUUCAGAAAACACAACAACAACAACAACAACAACAACACAAGACCAAUCCAACAAUGAAGAUGAGGAUACCACUCAACAAGAGGCACCUGAUUCUCAAGACAUGUUUGAAAGUGGAUUGGGAGAUGGUGAUAGCGAUUUUGAAGACUCGGAUGAGGAAUUUAAUGAUUGGCGACAUCAAAUACUUGGCAACAUUAAUCGCAACCGUAUGACACCUUCACGACCUACCCAGCAAUCACAACAAGAGGAAUCUGAUACCAUCGUUGGGAGCAGUGAAGAAGAGAAGAGGAUGAUGCAUGAGCAGACACAAAAAUUAGCACAAGUGCGGUCCAAAAUGAAGAGUGAAUUGCCAACAUUACUAGUGCGACUUGCAUGUCAGCGGGAUGAUUUACUUUUCGAUAUUCGUGAUCUUCUAUUGGCAUUUUUUAAGAGUGACUCGGAUGCGAAGACUGCUAGUGCUGUCAUGUCCUUGGUGAUUGAUCGUGUGGAUGAGAUUCGUCAAGAUGAUCAGAAUGAGAGUGCCCAGCUUAGCACAUGUCUCUUGUUACUUGCAAUACUCUUCAAGGAGCCACUUGUACAAGGUGUGAUUGCCGACGUUGCACCACGUCUCGAGUUUUUAUUUGGAUUGCUGCAAUCAGUUGAUACCUCUGAUCCGGAGAAACCAUUACCUUCAUGGUUGGCUACAGUGCUUUUGGUGAUAGAAACCCUCAUUUCUCACACUGAUGGACCCAAACAUGUAUCAUCCACCACGCCACAAAAUGAGAACAAGAAACCAAGCAAUUCGACCACACCUUUGGUUUCGGAUGAGCAAUGUCGAGCGUUAUUGAUUGAUUGUAUCAAGCUGCUAAAAAGCAACGACACUACACGCAAUGAUAUCUAUGCCAUUUUACGGAUAGUGGUGCGAUUGACUCGUGAUUAUGAUGCUGCACGUGAAUUUGUGAAGCAUGAUGGACUGCAAUUGCUCUUUGCCAAGGCUCGUUCCAGAAAUCAUGGUGGUAGUGGAUUGCAAGGUCUGCAGGCAUUCAUUAUUUUGAUCUUCCGACAUGUCAUUGAAAGCAAAGCUGUGUUGGUGAAGCGUAUGGAGGAUAUCAUCAGCACAUGGUUUACAGUACCUCGACCUCGUAACAUGGAUAUACGCACCUAUUUACGCAACAAUGGUCACGUGGCACUACGAGAUCCGUCAACCUUCUUGAAUGUCUCUGGUCAAAUUUGUCGCAUUACACGAUAUGAUCGACAUAGUGAAAAUCCACACAUCAAGCUCUUGACCAAGAAUAACACCAUCAAAGACGAGAGUGGAUCGCCAAAUGAAAAGGAUGCAGCCGUCCCAGAGAAAAAUGAGGAGCAGCAGCAACAACAGCGACAUGAGCCUGAAAUAGCAGAUGCGUCCAUUGUCAUCGAUUAUCUCUUGAAUGAGCUUGUUCGUGCUUGCAAGGAUUCGCAUGAUAGUACGAGUGAUCAACGUUCAGCACAUGAGAACGCACAUUACGCAUACACGGGACUCAUAUUACAAUGUUUGGUGGAGCUUGUAUCGUCCUACAACACAUGCAAGCAUGCAUUGUAUGCAUUCUGUCAACGCAACAACACCAACAAAGAAUCUUCCAUUAUGCACAUGCUGAUCAAUGAUUUGCUACCAUACAAUGCCGUCAAUCCAAAUGUGGAAUCUCGGAAGCAACAGGGGCUCUCUAUUUGGACAGCAUCUAUUUUGGUAGCCAUGUGUUAUGAUGCUGGUGGUGGUGGUGCGAACAAUGACACCAAUACUACAACAGACAAAGAACGAGACUUGGAUCCCAUACGUCGUUACAUGUUUGAUAUCAUUGUGUGUGCAUUUAAGGAGACCAUUGCUUCGACCAAAUCAGGCUCUUUAUCAGUCAAAUAUGGAAAGUAUCUAGCCCUUGCCGACUUGUGUCAUCGCAUCUUGAAUGCCAGGCCAAGUGCCGGUGCUCCAGCACAACAACGAACCAAGGAGGAGACAACCAUCCAUAUUGCUAAGCUUAUGAUCAACAAACAGCUUGUCGGUGUCCUCACCAUGGCAAUCAAUGACAUCGAUAUCGAGUACCCACAUGCACGUACAGUGAUCAAUUCCAUGUUGCGACCGCUUGAACAGCUGACAAGCUUUGGAAGCAAAAUGACUACUGAUGAUGAUGAGCAGCAGCAGGAACCAGCUUCACAAGUUAUUCAUGAUCGCAAUGCAUCUCCUGAUUUAUUUAACGGCGAGGAUGCUGAUGAUGAGCAAAUGGAUGAAUUGAGCAAUGAGGAUGGAUAUGACGAGGAUGGCUUUGAUGACAGCACAACCGAUAGCAGCUCUGAUGUUCCACCUAGAGAGGAAGAUGAUGUGGAGGUUAUUGACAUGUUGGAGCAAGAAGAGAAUGGCGAUCAAAUGCAAGUAGAUGGUGAUAACGCGGCUGAAUCCACAGUGCAAGAAGAAGACGAUGAGCCACACAUGACAUGGCAACUCGAAGACUUUGAUCAUGAAUCCAUCAUUCGAGGUGCUGGUGAUAUGGAUGCUCCCGAGUCACCCAUUAUGAAUGGUAGACGCAACUAUCGUGACCUUGUUGAUGUGCUCGUGGAUGAUGAACACGUGGACGAUCUUGAUGGACUUGAUCAAUCCGAUUUCGAUGAGGAUGAAGGAUCUGAAAAUUUGGAUGAAGUGAAUGAUGGGAUUGAUUUUAUGGAAGAUCGUGCCAUGAUGGAUGGUGACAUGGAUGAGGAUUAUUAUCUCGGUGGUGAUGAUGAACAUGACACUCGUUUCUCUCGCUCACUACCACGUAUUGAUCUCCAGCGCUCUGAGCUUCGAAGAAGUAACCGAUUACCCAUUCUGCCAUUGCCAAGAGGGAUAUUCCGACCCUUGGGUGUUAGUGCUGCAACUUCAGUCGACCAAGACCAAGUGAUCAAUCAUCCACUAUUGUCUGAAGAAUACCAAGGUACCAAUGGAUUGGAUAACAACACAAUGAUCCCUCGACCUACACGGCCGUCGUUUGCUGGACCUAUGACUUAUUCACGUCCUCGUCCGCAUGGUGGUCAAAGUAUGUGGCAAGCAUUUGAGCACACUGUUGGGGAUAGCGCAAUACGUCUAUUAGAAAGUUAUCUCAUGCGAGCUGCUUCAGGUACAAGUGCCCGACGAGGAAUACAAUCAAGCUCUUUGGGUUUCGAUGUGAGAGGACGUGCCAAUGGUAUUAUGCGAUCAUUUGAACUUGAGCUGCGUAACAAUCCUCGCAUCAUCAACAACACCAGCAUGACUCGCUCUCCUUUGGAAGAACAAGAACAACCCGACGCUGACUCUAACCGUGAAUUGCUAUCCAUGUUGCAUGAUUUUCAACCAAUGACUUGUGCCGAUCGUUGGAAUCAGGAAGCACGCAUGAUGUAUGGAACAAGUGUGGCUGAUAAGUCUCAAAAUUUGCUGAAUCCAUUGUUGAAUAUCCUGGUCCCUAUUGUCAUGGAAGAGGAACGCCGAAUGCGAGAAAAAGAGGAACAAAGACGUGAAGAGCAACGACGAUUACAAGAGGAAAGGCGUAAAAAAGAAGAGGAGGAGCGACGUUUACGUGAAGAGGAAGAACGCAAAAGGAAAGAACAUGAGGAUGCCUAUGAUUCAGAGCAACAACCACAACAACCAGCAGCAGCAGCAGCGGAUGGAUCUAGUAUGGGGCAGGAUCAACAUCAAAGAAUGAUUACUAUCAAUGGUGAAUUGGUGGAUAUUUCCCAGACUGGUCUUGACGUUGAAUUCCUUGAGGCGCUUCCUGAUGACUUGAGACGAGAAGUUGUGAACGAUCAUAUGCGUAUAUCACGUUCCAGAUUGCAGGCAACAGAAACUGAAUCGAUAAGCUCUGAAUUUCUUGGCGCUUUACCACCGGAGAUACGUGAUGAAGUGCUUCAACAAGAAGCGUUUAGUCGUGAGCGACGUGAACGACAACAACAACAGGAACAGCAGCAAGCAAAUACGCCACUACCACAAGUUCUCAAUGGUCAUGCUCCUAGCCCACUUGGUUUACCUGAUUCACCAACACGCCGUUUCCGCUUAUCGGAUGAGUUUCAACGUCUUGUAACUGAAUUUGGCAGAAAUGAUCGCAACGGCAGCACACGAGAAGAUACCCAUCAACGCAAAGGCAAUACACGACAAAGUACUAUUCAGCUUGUGGAUCGUGGUGAACUUGCCACUCUCGCACGAUUGCUCUUUGCAUUGCAACCUAUUUCCAAGUCGAUCCUCAGCCAGCUGUUGGUGAAUUUAUGCGAGAAUACACAAACACGAUGCGAUCUCUUGUCAUUGUUGGUGUGUGUGUUACAUGACGGCAGCAAUGAUUUGACAGCGGUUGACAUGUGCUUUGACAAAGUGAUUCAAUCAUCAUCAUCAUCCAAGUUGCCUGGCAACAACAUGGCAACCGCCUCUACGAUCACGCAAACAGCUCCGAAUUUCAUCACCCAACGGUGUCUUGGUUUCCUUAUGCAACUCAUUCAAUCGAAUGACAAGUCGCUUGGAUACUUUUUGGUGGAGAAUGAUUGCUUGGCCGACUUGAAACGCAAUAGCACUAGCAAAGGAAAGAACAAAAUGCAGGCACCAUCCAGCAAAUAUCCACUUUUGGUCCUUAUCAGUCUACUUGAUCGAUCUGUGUUUGUGGACAACCCAAGUUUGAUGGAGGAUUUGAUGCGUUUAAUCUCAACGUUAUGCCGACCAUUCCCCGUUUUGGUGAAGAAGUACAUGGAUCGAGUCAACAACAAAGAAUCAGCAUCAAAACCGCCUGUGAUUCCAGACCAAUAUCUUCAACAAGUGGUACACGUGCUUACAUCAGGCGAAUGCACCAGCAAAACAUUUCAAUACACAAUCAGCGCUCUGUCACAUUUGUCAUGCUUGGAUGGUGCCAUGAAAACCAUCAUGGAUGAGCUUAUGCAAGCUGCCAAAUCAUCCUAUGAGCGCGUUGCAAGCGAUCUUGACGAUCUCCUCGCCAUUCUUAACAAGGCAACUCCUGACACAGAAUUACAAGGAUCAACGCUAUCUCAAUUCUCAGGUGCAAGCUCACAUCAAGCCAAGUUGUUACGGGUGCUCAAGACGAUCGAUUAUGUCUAUUCACGUAAACCCAGCACAUCAUCUUCAUCAUCACAAUCCAACGACAGCAAAGAGCAAUCUGUAUUGGAAGUCUAUGAGGAAUUGGCUCUAUUAUCUUUGUGGGACAAGUUGGGUGAUUGCCUAGUUGCCAUUCGUGAAAGAGACUACUUGUUGAAUGUGGCUACGGUGAUUCUUCCCCUUAUGGAGUCAUUGAUGGUGGUGUACAAGUAUGCUGCUGAUCAAGCACAAGAAGGUUUCUUUUUCACAUUUACGGAGCGCCAUCGCAAGAUCUUGAAUACAAUGGUGCGGAACAAUCCAUCGUUGAUGCUUGGUUCCUUUUCUCUACUUGUGCGUAAUCCCAAGGUGCUCGAAUUUGACAACAAACGCAAUUACUUUGUACAGCAAUUACAUAAACGCACAUCAACGUCACGACACCAUUACCCAUCACUUCAGCUCAAUGUUCGACGUCGCUAUGUGUUCCAAGAUUCCUAUCAUCAAUUGCUUGGCAAAACAGGUGACGAGAUCAAGUAUGGUCGUUUGAAUGUACAAUUUCGUGACGAGGAUGGUGUGGAUGCUGGUGGCGUAUCACGUGAAUGGUAUUCUGUUUUGGCCCGUCAAAUGUUUGAUCCCAACUAUGCCUUGUUCAUCACAUCAGCUGCCGACAAGCUCACCUACCAGCCAAAUCGUGCAUCAUCGGUGAACCCUGAUCAUUUGAGCUAUCUCAAGUUUGUGGGUCGAGUCAUUGGCAAGGCCAUUUAUGAUGGACGUUUAUUGGAUGCUUAUUUUACGCGAUCCUUUUACAAGCACAUUUUGGGUCGAUCUGUGGAUUACAAGGAUAUGGAAGCCAUUGACCAUGAAUACUACAAGAGCCUUGUGUGGAUGCUAGAAAAUGACAUUACCGAUGUGAUUGAUUUGACAUUCAGCUUGGAAGUGGAUGAUUUUGGCACAACACAUGUCAUUGAUCUCAAGCCCGAUGGUCGCAAUUUACCAGUGACGGAGGAAAACAAGCAUGAAUACGUAUCCUUGGUGACGGAGCAUCGGUUGACGACAGCCAUCAAAGAUCAAAUUGAAGCAUUCUUACAAGGUUUCCAUGAAAUCAUUCCAGCAUCCCUCAUUCAAAUAUUUAACGAGCAAGAACUCGAAUUACUGAUUUCGGGGCUUCCGGAUAUUGACAUUGACGACUGGAAAAACAACACAGAGUACCAAGGUGGAUAUUCAUCCAACUCGUCACAGAUCCAAUGGUUUUGGCGUGCGGUUCGGAGCUUUGAUCAAGAAGAACGUGCAAAGUUGUUGCAAUUUGCUACCGGUACGUCCAAGGUUCCCUUAGAAGGAUUCGCACAUUUGCAAGGAUCAGGCGGUGUGCAGAAAUUCCAGAUCCACAAGGAAUACAGCAUGGACAAUCGAUUACCAACGGCUCACACAUGUUUCAACCAAAUUGAUCUCCCCAUGUACGAUUCAUACACCAAUCUUCGCCAUAAUCUUUUCAAAGCUAUCAACGAGUGUGCAACCGGUUUUGGGUUCAUGUAA